AUGAUCUACAGCCAGGACUAUGCACGAACGAUCGACGACGUGCGGCUCAUCGUGAAGCACGCGAAACUGGACCAAAACAAUCUCACCAACACGGCACAAGCGAUUUACUACCCGCACGAGGAGGAUGACCACGAGCUGGCAAACAUAAAGCUACUGGAAGUGGACGACCAUAUUCUGGAGGCGAUACAAAACUGCGAGGAUGUUUGUUUCAAGGGUGCCCUUAACGAAAAGGUGGUGUUCUGCACCCAGUCUCGAACGUACGAGGUGAAAGAGGCUGAAAUUUCAAACAGUCUGCUCUUGGUACGCAAUUUGAAGAUGGCGCAAGCUACGAGCCGAUCACCGAUCAAGAGCCCCAAGAGUGGCGUGAAUACCUCACUGGACAGCAGCACCGAGGAAGAGAACGUGGACGCGCCGAUCGAAACGGUCGAUGAGGUAGAGAGAAGGGAUGUGGCUAAAAUAUUUCACGACUACUUUGAGUUGCGCCAGGUACGACCAAAAUAUCGGAAGAUUAUCGACCUACUACGUUUGACGCGCUAUGCCGGGCCGGAAAACGAGCAUCUUAUCGAUCGAUCGCUAUUGUUCCGUUUCAAUCAGCUGCUCGAUACGGUGCAGUGCAGCAAGGACGAGUUUCAGGAGGGUUUGAAAAAGUAUCGCGCCAUCGAGGUGGAAGAACGAAUUCGGAUGCUCGAUAUAGAAUACGAAUACCGUGUGGUAACCCUUCUGCUGGCUCUGAUUUCGGAAAACUCAUGGCAGCCGGACGAAAUAGACAAAGAAGUCACGUUCGAAUCUAUGCAGGGUAUAGUUCCUUACGAAGUCGUUGACGGUAUUUUCGACAUCUACACCACACCAAGCGAACGAGUCCCGGAACGAUUUUGCUAUCGCGAGGACCUAGUCUGUGCACUGUUUGCCGAGAAGAUCCUGCAACACGGACUAAAAUUUCACAUCGACGAGUUUCUCGUCACCUGGCAAGAAACACUGCCGGAAGGAUUCGACGUGGACGAAAAGUAUCUCCGCGGCAUCGGAAUUGUCGAUCGUGAAGGGUCGGUGCCGUGUGUGAGGGGUCUAAAUGAAGCCGAUUUACCGAUGAAUUUGCUUGUGCGCCUGAGUACGCUGUUUCGGACAAAGGAACGAUGGAAUUUGGAACAGAUCGAACCAUUCAUCGAGUGCUUUGCGACCCCAACGGUUGGCGUUACUUCGAUUCUGGCCAAGUAUACUCGCUCGCUGGUAGAGAAGGGAGUUCGGAUAUAUGUUUCAAAACACUGA